AUGGGUCCCAAGAAGGGCGGCGAUAACUCCAAGAAGGCAGCCGGAAACGCCCGCAAAGCGGAAGCGGCUGCCGCUAAAAAGGCCGUUGAGGAUCAGAAGCGUGCAGCUGAGGAGGAUAAGCAGUGGGCGAAGGGCGCUAAGGGUAAUAAUGCUAAGAAAGAAGCCGAGGAAGCCAAGAAAGCAGAAGCAGCCCGUAAGAAGGCCGAACGCGACGCUCAACUCGCCGCCGAAGAAGCCUCCCAACCCUCUAAGCCUAAGGGCAAAUCGAACCAACCGGUCAAGAAGUCCCGCGGAUUGGACCUCUCCCAGCUUGACGACCAGCCUGCGUCUCGUAAGGGAACGGCUCUCAAUGCCUCGGGUAUCGAUAACGCGUUGGACGCCCUGUCACUGACGGGCAAGGAUUCAGCGAAGAUCGAUCGCCACCCGGAGAGACGGUACAAGGCUGCUUAUGCGGCGUAUGAGGCGCGCAGGAUGCCCGAGGUGGAGCAGGAGAAUCCUGGUCUGCGGAGGCAGCAGCGCAUGGACCUCAUUAAGAAGGAAUUCGACAAGAGUGAGGAGAAUCCAUUCAACCAGGUGCACGUCGCUUUUGAUGCAUCGAAGGAUGAGAUUGCCGCUAUUCGCGAUGCGGAGAGGAAGAAGACGGAGGCCAGAUUGACGAAAUAA